CCUUAGCAUCUAUUUUGGUAUAACGGUCACACGGUCAGAGAUGGUGCCAUCGCACUGACAAAAUAUAUACACCAGCAUAUACAUACAUCAACAUCCACACAUACACACACACAUGUAUAUAGUCAAGGCCGGGGAUUGCUUACCUCUGGUUCGAACUCACCUUGUCAGAGAUUGCUACAAAUGUCUGCCUUAUAUUGUAUUGGAAACCACGACAGCGUUUUUCGGAAAGUAUAACCAUCAUCUCGAUUACGGCAGCAGUAACUAAUAUUACUACUACUACAUCUGAAGACUACUGGCCAAGCUUCGUUUAUUUGGAAUACUUUGUAUGUGCCUUGGCAUAGAUACACGUACAUACAUACAUACAUACGCGCAUACAUACAUACAUACAUACAUACGACGGAUUUUUUUUUUUUAAUUGAUACAUCAUUUGUGUGACCCUCGUUCAACCACAACCCUCACCUCAGUGUGGGCGAAAUCUGUGUUGAGCACUAGAAAAAAAAUAUACAUAUAUUUACCCAGGGACUUGGCCAGCAUCCAUGUCCUCUGGGGGCCAGUGUUACUCCUGUGGAGCUGAAUUUGGCAUUUUCAGGAAAGAACAUGGAUGCAAAAACUGUGGCUUCGUCUUCUGUUCGAAGUGUCUGGGUAAGAAGAUCGAAGUGCCUCGUCUAAACAAUAGCAAGGGUUCCGUGUGCAACCGGUGUUUCACUCUGCUUAAGGGCGGCCUGAAGACCAGCAGCCCUCCCUCCAGCGGCCCGUCGACGCCCCAACAGUUUCCUCCAUCGCCUCCACUCGCCUACAAGAAACGGAUGGAAGCCCUGAAGGUGAGAGAAUCGCAGACGACGUCCACUCAUUCGAAUACAUCCAAGAAGAAACCCACUUCGGUGCCAGCCAUGUACCACGGUAUGUCGAAGGCGGACAUCGAAAUAGCCGAGAGACUCGAGAGGCUGCGCGAAAGACCGAAGUGCGAGGUAGAAACGGAAGAGCAGCUGGAACAUAGGCUGGCGGCUAUCAAAGGGAUGGACCCAUCCCGUUACAAGGAAUCGAAGAACAACAAGAGUGUGGUGUUGAAAUCCGACCGGCGGACACAGCAAGAGCAAAUUGACGACCUGCUGGAGGAGAUUGCCUCGUCGGUGGCCCUUGAAGCCAGCCUACCCGACCCCGACGCUAUCAUACAACAGCGCCUCGAUCAACUAAGGCAAGACGAUGACCAACACCACCGACACCGCAAGAAAAGCAACGACGACGACGAUGACGAUAAUGGUGGUGGUGGUGGUGGUGGUGGUUCGCGCACCAGCUCCGCUAAUUCUAGUAUUAAAUCCACUUCAACCACCACCACCAUAAAUCUUUCAUCUGUCACCAGCAGCAGCAGCAACAACAACAAUAACAAUUACAACAGUCAGAUCGGUGCUCUACCGCUCGGUCGAACGUCGACCGACAACUUGUCAUCGUCGUCCCCUUCUGCGCGCAAACCAACACCACCCUCGAACCGGGCAGCGUAUUUCAAAGACACUUCGGUGACCACUAACACCAAUACGACAAGAGCAGAGGCGAAGGACCACGCCGUUAAUACCAACACCAACACCAACACCAACACCCUAAGUCUGUCCGAAUUCCUAAGCAACAACCUCAACAAGGCUUCCUGCGGCCCCGACAAACAACCUUACGAGAAGAACAUCAAUUUCGGCAGCGACACGACCUACGAAGGAUUCGAUGCGGUCAACAUCAACGCCUUGAUGACCGAGGUGAAGCAGGUAAAGGAGGAGGUGGAGCGGAACUUGAAGCGGUCGGGCUCGGACAACGUGAUGAGGGCUGGCGAUCGCAAGUCCUGGAAGAACUUCGACUACACUGAGGCCGACCUGCAGAAAGAGGCGGACGAGGUGGCGCGGCGCUUGACCGCCGAGGCGCUCCGAGAGAAGGAGGACGAGGAGAAAAACAAGCAGUAGUACGUGUGUGCGUACAUAUGUGUGACACACACACACACACACGUAUGUACAUGGGUUUAUAUAUACACACCUAUAUAUAUAUUUAAUAUAUAAUAAAUAAAUAUAUAUAAUCCUGCCUGUAUUAUAUAACAUAUAUGAGUAUAUAAUAUAUAUGUAAUAUAUAUAAUACACACACACACACACACACACACACACACAUAUAUAUAUAUAUGUAUAUAAUACAAACACACAUACAUAUAUAUGCACGCACAUACACUGAAUCCGCUUAAUUUUUGGUUAUCAAACUUGUGAGUUCCAAACUGUUUAUUUGCUUAAUGUUAUCAGCUGGUUAUUGUUAUUGAUAUGUUAGCAAAAACAAAAUAAAACAAAAAAGAAAGGAAGGCCUCGCGCCCCAAAGUAAUGACAAUAAGUAAAAUACAACGGAAAGUGGAGUGUGAGAAAUUUGGAACCGGCAAUAAGGAGGGAGAAACUUCAAAAAUCUAACUUGGCUGGUCAGUAUUACCGAAACGAAUAACCACUUUGAAACCUAAUUUAUGCACAAACCGUGUUUAAUUAAAAAUGAAAAAUAAAUAAAUAAAAUUGUAAUUAAUUUUUGUGAUAAAGAUGUUCGGUGUUUCCAAUAUCGGAAAUUCUAA